CUAAGCCCACACGGGAGGCAGACCUUCAGCGGCAGCCCGCGCAAAGCUGUCCGGCCACCAGCAGGAAAGAUCACAGUGUGGAAUGAUAACGCAACGAGCGAAACAAGAGCUACCUGGACGGCUAGCAGAAGAUAAAAUGCCCAGAUUCAACUGCACAGUGAGUGAAGUUACGGUGAUGAACCUCCAACCGGCUAAGAAACCGACCCCAGUAAUACCUGCAGACAAAAAGGGGAAGGGUCUCAGAUCUCCCAGUUUCCACCGUUCUGCUCCUAACCUUUCAGAGACGCUGUCCGUCCCAGAGGGGACCAACGCCCAGGCUGAAAUAACACCUAAAGAAGGUGUCUCUUCUUCUAAACCCUUUUAUGCAGGAGAGGCUCAAAGUAUGGAUAAUCUUGCACUGAAACGGCCAGUGAAGUUGGCUCCUCUUGAGAUCCCCUUGGAAGUCAAGGAGGCUCAGCUGAAGAAGAUCAUGAGCAUCCAAAGAGAUGCCCAGCUGGCUGCUUUUAAGCUAGCUAGUGUUGGCUCCUUCGGCAGUGAGCCUCAUGUCAAGAGGGUGAAAAAUGUGCCGCAGCUAGAGAGGGAAAACUUCCCCAAGUCCAAGACCUUUGACAGCUCCACUUUACAGAAUAAAGGGAGCAUCCAUUCAUUAAGUGUUGCCAAAUCCUCUUGUGAGAUUCAGAUUAUCUUGCCCACUGAGGAAAAUGCCAAGCCAGCUAAGAAAGAUGAGUCCCCUAUGCCGUGCCGUAAACCUUUGAUCCCCCAGAACAAUCUGCAAGCUCUCGAUUCACAGAAGGACAUGAAGAUUUCAGAAAACUCUUCACAGGGAACCGGCCGGCGUCGCUUCACACUGAAGCAGAUGAAGGAACAACAAGAGUUGAUGGGCAAAGGCAGACCUUUGAAAGCUACGGGGGUUGGCUUAGAGGAAAGCAAGACAAAAACCGCAAGCCAACGAGCUCACAAGACCCUCAGUGAAGCAAGCAGAUUGAUCAACACCCUGGCCAAAAAGCAUAGGGGCCCAGAGGAGGAUCAGGAUGAGGCAGAUGAUGAUCUCCUUACAGGGAGGCUGUCCUCACGGAGGAUGGCUGUAGGAGAUGUCAUCCAGGCUGAUGAAGAAUGAAGCUGGACAGUA